AUGAACCCCUCUGUUGUGGCUGCCCACAAGAGGAUUGGACUUCUCCAAAGGUUCAACAAGUGGCAAGGGAAAGCCAUGGAAAAGAUGCAAAAGUCCAUGGACAAGAUGGUGAGCAAGAUCAAGAGUUUGGAGAAGAAAGUUUCUGGUUCUUCAAGCAAGAAGAAGAAGGCACCCAUGGCCCCCACUUUCCUUAGGAGUAGAUCACUCCUCACCACUCAAAGGAGGCUCCAUACCCAAGAACCUCACAGAGCCUCUUCAUUGAGCCAAGGGAAGGGGAAGACAACUCACAUAGAAGGAGGAAGAGCUCUAAGCCCAGACGCUCCACUCGACCACCGGACUUGA